AUGCCUCUCUCCGAGUACUUUACGAGUCCUACAUCCCUCUAUAAUCGACAGUUCCUCGGCAAGCUAGUCGCUCGAGACCAGAUGCCCUUCGCCGACAAUGCAUUGCAGGUCCUCAAGAAGACCGCUCCUCAUUCGGGCCACCCGAACUUCGCGCACCUCACCCUGCUCGUUUUCGAAGCUGUGUUGGAAGUGGUCUGUGUCAGUCUACCAGGAUACAUAGUGGCAAGACAGGGCAUGUUCGACGCCGAGGGACAGAAGUUGAUGGCCAAUCUCAAUGUCAUGCUCUUUACGCCAUGUCUUAUCUUCACAAAGCUAGCGUCACAACUCACAGCGGAGAAGUUGGCUGAUUUGGCCAUAAUCCCGGCCAUCUUCGUCGUCCAGACCUUGGUUUCGUUCCUAUGCGCUUGGACCAUUGGGAAGGUGAUGAAAUUUAAAAAGAGACAAGCCAAUUUCGUGAUUGCCAUGGGCGUGUUCGGCAACUCGAACUCUUUGCCCAUUUCGCUCGUCCUAUCUUUGUCCAAAACGCUCAAGGGGCUGCAUUGGGAUAAAGUCCCUAAUGACAAUGAUGAAGAGGUCGGAGCUCGAGGGAUCCUCUACCUGCUCAUCUUCCAGCAAUUGGGCCAGCUACUGCGCUGGAGUUGGGGUUACAACGUCCUGCUCGCUCCGCCCGACAGCUACACGGAAGCAGAAGGCGGGACCAAGAAGGAAGAUCGCAUUGAACGAGGGCGAGGAGAGUUUCGCGAGUAUACGGAUGAGGAUGCCGGAAAUCGUCGGCUGCUGAGCCCCAGCUAUGAUGGGAUUCGAGAUACCAGCGAGGACUUUGAGGAAUACCAGGAGGACGACGACGAGGACGACGAUGUGACUCGAAUAGGAACUGAGUCACCGACGACAGCGAAAUCCGACGGUCUCAAAACCCCGCGCACUCCCCACAACAGGUCCUCGAGGACUUCCCCCAAUCGACAACUGAACGGCUCCGGCCCCGAUACAAUUGAUCCGACACAUGCUGCUCCCAAUGAGAUGAUGGCGCCUCAUCACCAAGUAGACUACCCUGCGUGGCUGAAAUAUCCGGAAAACAAAAAGUACGAUGAGAAUUGCGGAGGCAUCAAAGGGUACAUCAAUCGUGGAAGAAACGCAGUACGAUACCACCGUUUGAAGAUUGGGCAUCUUAUUCGGACAAGGUCGAGGCGGGCCUUUGACUCUCUUCCUAAGCCAGUGCAGAGAGCCAUGUCCUAUACCGGGGCAAAGAUGGCCGCCUUUCUGGCUGGUGUGUGGGAGUUUAUGAAUCCACCGCUGUGGUCCAUGUUGGUUGCCAUCAUUGUAGCAUCUGUGCCCUACCUGCAACAUCUCUUCUUCGAUAAGGGGACGUUCCUGGCAAAUUCGGCCACGCGGGCAGUACAACAGAGCGGUGCUGUCGCGGUGCCACUGAUUCUGGUGGUGCUCGGAGGGAACCUUGCCCGAAAUACCAUCCCCAAAAAUCAACCAGGUGAUAUCACGGACCCAAAGGAAGAGAAUAGGCUUCUCUAUGCAUCAUUGCUGGCGCGGAUGGUAUUCCCGACAAUUGUGAUGGCACCCUUCCUUGCGUUGGUCGCCAAAUACGUCCCUGUCAGCAUCGUUGAUGACAAGAUUUUCAUCGUGGUUGCUUUCCUCCUUACUGGGGCACCAUCAGCGCUCCAGCUGAGCGCCAUCACACAGACAAACAAUGUCUAUCCAAAGGUUAUGUCAAACAUCCUCUUUCAGAGCUACGUGGUUUGGAUUCUCCCGUCGACACUGAUAUUGGUUCUUUUGGCCCUGGAAACGGUGGAAUGGGCAACGAGUUGA